ACGAAGUACAGUCCUCUGCUCCUCCUAACGGUUUUGUCUCCUAACGGUUCAGCCAUUUUUCCCCCCUUAUUUUUUCUCAAAAGUUACUAAAUUGCUAUGUUUUCUUAUUAAUACUAAUUCAAUGAAAGUUUGGAUAUCGGCGGGGGGGAGGAGGCAGGAGGACCAGCGGGCUGCUCUCAGAUGGAGCACCAGGGCUCCGGGAGCUCAGGGCGCACGGCGGACCCGGAGUGAAUGACGCUAGUGGAUGGACGCUGCUCCCCGGUUCAGGCUGUUCACAGCACGGCCAUGACGGGCACCCAGGAACCAGACCUGCAUGAGCAGCACAGAGGAGCAACGCAGGAGGAAGGGGAUGAGGAGGAGGAGGGGGAGAAGGUGCAUGUGUCAGUUGAGAGAGAGGAGAGGGAGCAGGACGGGGAGGAGGAGGAGGAGGAGGAGGAGGAGGAAGAAAAGGAGGAGCUGCCGUACCCCGAUCUAGCACCAGUGGUUCUUUUGGCUCUGACCCAAACCAGCCCACCCCGCUCCUGGUGCCUUCGAGCUGUCUGCCACCCAUGGUUCGAGCGUGUCAGCAUUUUGGCCAUCCUGCUGAACUGUGUGACUCUAGGGAUGUUCCAGCCCUGCGGCCACACCCCCUUCUUUCUGCAGGCUCUGGAUGAUGGGAUCUUUGUGUUUUUUGCCGGGGAAAUGGUGGUGAAGAUGGUGGCUCUUGGGGUCAUAGGUCAGAACGGUUACCUAGGCGACACGUGGAACAGACUGGACUUCUUCAUUGUAAUAGUGGGAAUGCUCGAGUACUCGCUCGAUGGACACAACGUCAGCCUAUCAGCUAUCAGGACAGUCCGGGUUCUCCGCCCACUGCGAGCCAUCAACAGAGUUCCCAGUAUGCGUAUCCUAGUGACCCUCCUCCUAGACACACUUCCCAUGCUGGGCAACGUGCUGGCACUGUGCUUCUUUGUCUUCUUCAUCUUCGGCAUCGUUGGCGUGCAGCUGUGGGCGGGGCUACUGAGGAACCGCUGUUUCAUGGGAGAGGACGUCAAGAUGAGAUAUAACAUUUCCUUCCUGAGUGGCUACUAUCGUCCAGAUGGCACCGAUGACCACCCUUUCAUCUGCUCAACGGAGAGAGAAAACGGGAUGCUCCGGUGCUCUGAUGUGCCUCGUCGCCGUGUAGCCGGGACUACCUGCUUCCUGGAUGCUGAGGAGGCCCAUUCAGAGAUGGGAGCAAGAGCAGAUGAACCAGUGCCAUGCGUAAACUGGUACCAGUUUUAUAAUGAGUGUCGGGCUGGUGAAGUAAACCCACACAAGGGAGCUAUUAACUUUGAUAACAUUGGAUAUGCAUGGAUCGCCAUUUUUCAGGUGAUUACUCUAGAGGGCUGGGUAGACAUCAUGUACUACGUAAUGGAUGCACAUUCUUUCUACAACUUCAUCUACUUCAUCUUCCUCAUUAUAGUGGGCUCCUUCUUCAUGAUCAACCUGUGCCUGGUAGUCAUAGCAACCCAGUUUUCUGAAACAAAGCAAAGAGAACACGCCUUAAUGAAAUCGGAGCAGCGCGCCCGCCAGCUCCACCAAUCAGCUUCCACGCUGGCCAGCGACAGCCAACCAGGAAGCUGCUACGAGGAGAUCAUCCGCUACCUGGCGCACCUGGGCCGCAAGGCAUGUCGACGACUGUCCCGCUUCUACGCUCAGACACACACACACUUUCACUGUGUGUGCAUGUGCCAGAAAGACAGGAGCGGUGGAGCUACCAGAGGGGCCGGAGUCGGAGAAAUGAACGGACUUGCCCACCGGCACUCCGGCCACGCCCCCAAUGACCUGUCACACCUUCAUCAGCUUUAUCAUCGUCAUCACCAGCAUCAUCACCAGCAUCAGCAACCACAGGCUGAGCCUGCUGUCAGUAAUGGAGGGAAUGGUUUUAAUUAUCCCUUCAUCGUGCCCCUCUUAAGUCACCUGGAUGAAAAGGGCCAGGACCCAAAAAGGCCGGUUGCCACAGAGACUAUCAACAGACUGCCACAGCUAGUGGUGGAGCAUGGUGGGUGCGCUGGGCAUCCUGCGAUCACGUUGCCAGGUGAAGUCCCAGGAGACCCCUCAGUUUGCCCGUACUGCAUCUACUACAACCAACUUAGUGACACCGAAAUUGUUAAUGACCAGACUGACGACCAGCAUCAUGGGUACAGCAACUCAUGCCAUGGCAACAGCCCGUGUCAUAGUAACAGCCCGUGCGAUUGUAGCAGCCCCUUACGUGGUGAUGCACAGGUGUCUGAGCCAAAGAAAAGGCUGUGGGAGCGUUGCUGGGCGGGACUCCGAACUAAACUGGACCUCAUUGUUGGCAGCAGAUACUUCAACAGAGGGAUCAUGAUUGCCAUCCUUAUUAACACAAUGUCGAUGGGCAUAGAGUAUCACGAACAGGAGAGAAAGAGAGAGAGAGAGAAUGAGCAGCAGCGGGGAGCAGAGCAGAGAGAACCGCAGGAGCUGACAGAUAUUUUGGAGAUCAGUAACAUGGUGUUCACGAGUCUGUUCAGUCUGGAGAUGGUGCUGAAGCUGCUGGCACUCGGGCUCUUUGGCUACAUCAAGAACCCUUACAACGGCUUCGACAGCAUCAUCGUCAUCAUCAGUGUGUGGGAGAUUGUGGGUGAGGCAGAGGGAGGCUUGUCGGUGCUGCGUACCUUCCGUCUGCUGAGAGUUUUAAAGCUGGUCCGGUUUCUCCCAGCCCUGAGGAGGCAGCUGGUGGUGCUGAUGAAGACCAUGGACAAUGUGGCUACGUUCAGCAUGUUGCUGAUGCUCUUUAUAUUCAUAUUUAGUAUCUUGGGGAUGCAUCUGUUUGGCUGUAAAUUCGGUUUGCGAAUAGACAGUGGAGACACUUUACCUGACAGGAAAAACUUCGACUCUCUGCUGUGGGCGACUGUCACUGUGUUUCAGAUCCUCACCCAGGAAGACUGGAACGCGGUGCUCUAUAACGGGAUGGCCUCCACCACGCCGCUGGCUGCCCUCUACUUCGUAGCCCUCAUGACCUUCGGCAACUACGUCCUCUUCAACUUGCUCGUAGCCAUUUUGGUUGAGGGCUUUCAAGCCGAAGGUGAUGCCAACAGAUCUGAGACUGAUGACGAGAGACAAUCACUCUGUUACGAGGAUGAGGAGAAGUUGAGAGAGCUGUACGCUGCAGAGCUCAAGAUCCAGGCCAUGAUGCUGAGUCCCAAUGGUCUCCUAAAUCCAAAAGCCUCCAUGCCCCAGCCUCAUCCUCCUCCUCUGCCAGUCAUCACGCACACUGCGGCCACGCCUACCAUAAACUCCAGCCAGUCCCGCCGGGCGAGUGCCGCUUCCAUGGACAUCAACACCAUUGAGCAGAGGACACCGUCUCUGUGGGACAGUGGGCCAGAGAGCCGGCGAUCCAGCUGGACCAGCAUGGGCCGAGCCCCCAGCCUGCACAGGAGAGCCCAGUCGGGGGAGAUGGAGUCCCUGCUGUCGGACACACACUCAAGCUCCAACCACAGCAGCAGGGAGCAAUCUCUGGACCAGCCAGAGUACCUUCAGGUGCCCAUGCUCCACCCGCCCGACUGCAAUGGUACCACUUUUUACCUCCCUGACCACUGCUGCGACGAUGCCCCCCUGACCACACAAUAUACCAGCGAUCAAGAAGAGGAAGAAAUUGAGGAGGGUUUAUGUAAGAAACUGAAAAAGAUACUGGAGCCAUAUGAGCCUCAGUGGUGCCUGGAGCAUGAAGAGUGGUCUCUCUAUCUAUUCGCUCCAAACAACCGGUUCAGGUUGUGGUGUCAGAGGGUCAUAGGUCACAAGAUGUUUGAUCAUAUCAUCCUCCUCUUCAUCUUCCUGAACUGCAUCACCAUUGCGCUGGAGAGACCGGACAUAGAGGCCAAAAGCAUGGAACGGGUGUUCCUCAGUGUGUCCAAUUACAUCUUCACUGUGAUCUUCGUGGGUGAAAUGAUGAUCAAGGUGGUAGCUAUGGGCCUGUACUUCGGACAAAGUGUGUACCUGCAGAGCAGCUGGAAUGUCUUAGAUGGACUGCUGGUGUUUGUGUCGCUGGUGGACAUCCUGGUUUCUAUCGCAUCAGCAAGUGGUAAUCGAAUCUUAGGCAUCCUCCGCGUGCUUCGUCUGCUCCGCACGCUGCGACCACUCAGGGUGAUAAGUCGAGCUCCUGGUCUAAAACUGGUGGUGGAGACUCUGAUCACAUCUCUCAGACCCAUUGGGAAUAUUGUCCUUAUCUGCUGCGCUUUUUUCAUUGUUUUUGGAAUUCUGGGAGUCCAGCUGUUUAAAGGGAAGUUCUUCUACUGCGACGGGCUCGAUGUGAGUAACAUCACCAACAAAACACAGUGUCUACAGGCAGGACACCGCUGGACUCGCCGGAAAUACAACUUUGACAACCUGGGACAGGCGCUGAUGUCACUGUUUGUGCUGUCAUGUAAAGACGGCUGGGUCAGCAUCAUGUAUGACGGCCUGGACGCGGUGGGUGUUGACCAGCAGCCAAUACGAAACAACAACCCUUGGAUGCUGCUGUUUUUCAUCUCCUUCCUCCUUAUCGUCAGCUUCUUUGUGCUCAACAUGUUUGUGGGCGUGGUGGUGGAAAACUUUCACAAGUGUCGCCAGCAGCAGGAGGAGGAGGAGGCGCGGCUGAGAGAGGAGAAACGGCAGAGACGGCUGGAGAAGAGGAGGAGAAGGGCCCAGGAGAAGCCAUAUUACGCUGACUACUCCCCGUUGCGCCGAUCCAUCCACACCGUGUGCACCAGCAACUACCUGGAUCUCUUCAUCACCAUCAUCAUCUUCACAAACCUCCUCACCAUGAGCAUGGAGCACUACAACCAGCCUAAGUACUUCGAGGAGAUCCUGAAGUACUGCAAUUACGUCUUCACGGUGGUUUUUGUCAUCGAGUCGAUUCUCAAGCUCAUCGCUUUCGGCCUGCGCCGGUUUUUCAAAGAGAGAUGGAACCAGCUGGACCUCGCCAUCGUGCUCUUGUCUAUCAUGGGGAUCACUCUUGAGGAAAUAGACCUGAAUGCUUCCCUCCCCAUAAACCCCACCAUCAUACGCAUCAUGAGAGUCCUGAGGAUAACAAGAGUGCUGAAGCUGUUGAAGAUGGCGACGGGGAUGAGAUCUCUGUUGGACACAGUGAUUCAAGCUCUGCCUCAGGUGGGGAAUCUGGGUCUGCUCUUCAUGUUGCUGUUCUUCAUCUAUGCAGCUCUGGGAGUUGAGCUCUUUGGAAAACUGGAGUGUUCAGACGAAAACCCAUGUGAGGGUCUUAGUCGCCACGCUACCUUUGACAAUUUUGGCAUGGCUUUCCUCACACUCUUCAGGGUGUCUACCGGGGACAACUGGAAUGGGAUUAUGAAGGACACAUUGCGAGAGUGCCGUCCGCAGGAUCGCCACUGCCUCACCUACCUGCCCCUGAUCUCCCCCGUUUAUUUCGUUACCUUCGUCCUAACGGCUCAAUUUGUCCUCGUCAACGUGGUCGUGGCCGUUCUGAUGAAGCACCUGGAGGACAGCAACAAGGAGGCUCAGCUGGAGGAGAUGGAGGAGGCGAGGGAGAAGGAGGAGGCGAGGGAGAGGGAGGAGGCAAGGGUGAGGGAGGAGGCGAGGGAGAGGGAGGAACUCGGCCGACGCCUCAGCAGUGCGUCUGUGGGCGGAGACCUGGGGACAAACGUGGACUCACCUGCACAGGUGCAGGUUGAGGAUGAGGAGUGUUCCCAUGGCAACCUGCUGAGCAUGGGACGCAUGCUGUCUCUCCCCAGCGACAGCUACGUUCAGCCACUCAGAUGCUCCCCAUAUCCUCCCAUUGGCCACGAGGCCUACUGCGGGUACAGCUACUCAGGCUCCAUGUCGUCUCUGGGCUCCAGCGGAGGCAGCUCACUGCUGCAGGUUCCAGGAGCUCUGCCGGUCAUCAGUCGCGCUUCACUGGGGUCUGGACGCAGCUCCAGGCCAAAGAUCUGGCUCAGCACCGCGCAGAGCAUCGACAGAUACUCCACAAACAGGCUGAGCCCAGCCGACAGUAUAGAGGGACACAGGUUUAGUCCGGCCCACAGAAUAAACAGACACAGACUCGACUCGGCCCAUAGCAUCGAUGGAUACAAGUUCAGCCCGGCCCAUCGAAUACACAGACACAGACUCAGCUCCACCCGCAGUAUGGAUGGAUACAGGCACCAUCCAGACCACAACACAGACAGACCUAAACUCAUGUCCUGCCACAGUAUAGAAAGACAUUCUUCCCUCAGACUGAGUCCCACCUACAGUGCCAGCAGACGUCCUUCUCAUUUGCUCAGUCCUGACGACAGUUUGGACAGAAACAAGCUGAGUCCCUCCUACGUUCCAGAUAGUUCGGUCCUGAAGAGACCAGGAUCCUUCAGCGCUGCAAGCAGACAGUUACGGAGACAGGAGGCUGUACGCUCUGACUCUCUGGAUCAGAGCGGUUCAGCUGACGACCUGGCAGAGCCUCAUCUCACUGUGCCCACCAUCUCUUCCACGCCACCACGCCAGCGAUCGUCCAGUGUACACACACUGAAAUAUACACACCCCCAGCGGGUCAUCUCAUGCAGGAGCCACAGCCGGAGCCACAGUGAGACCACUGGGCAGGAACAUGUACCUGAGCAGCCCAUCUGUGGCUCGCAGCCGGAAACAGAUGUCGAGAAGCGGCCAGUCAGCCCUCAGAGCUUGUCCAGUCUGAAGGUCCCCAGCGGUGAAUCCACCCUAUCAGCGCCGCUCUGUAGCAGCAGAGCAGCCAGCCCUGGCCCCGGCUCUGACCCCGGCCCACAGUUAGACCCAGCAGACGAGGAAGUCAGCCGAAUUAACAGUUCUGUUCACGCACACACACAACUUCCUCCCAGCCCCUCACACAAAAGCAGACACCUGUCCCCGAGUCCUGUGGAGCACAGGAGCCGCCUCAGCCAAUCAGUAUCUCCGGUGUCGGGCAGGAACAGGAAGCAGAGGAUGAGCCCGCCGCCGGGAGAGGAGCCGGUUAUUACGGCGACGCAGCUGAUGGACAGCAGUGUGGAGCUGAGAAGGCGGACUCUGUCGUUUGAUGCCACAACCCUCUCUCCUAAUCAAUCAGAGGGAAGUUCUGUGGACAACUGAACAGACUCAGUGAGGCUCGAUUGGUUGUUCUCUGAAGGGGAGGAGCCUGAUGUGCUGCUGAAGCACACGAGAGGGGCGGCAAUCCAAAAACGGGAGGGACACCUUUAUUUCCUGUUUGGGGUCCAGCCCCUCACCUCGUCCUGUCCAACCACAAGAUUUUCACAGGGUGUUUGAACAGAACUCUGUCAGACCAUGUGUAUGAGUGUGUAUGUGUUCAAAGACCCUUUGUGCAGUUUGCACAGAAGAUGCACACAAGAAGACGUUUCCUUUUUCUUCUAUCAUAGUCUUUAGCUUUAGUUGAGACAUAGUAGUCACUCCCCUGCUAUAUUUACUCAAACUCUAACCUUCCUCUUGCUUGCUCUCCUCCUUCUUCCCUCACUCUCAUCCUUGCACCUCAAGCCUUGGUCAGAGUACAAGAUGAAAUCACCCAAAAGGUGCAGUGCAGAUUAAGUUGCUGCUCAUGUACUAAAAGACGUGUUGACAAGGAAGUGACACAGCUAGGGACUUUUUUUUUUAAUCUGCACACUAUUUUCCUGGUAAGUAAAUGAAUCUUUUGGUCCAUAAAUCAUCAGAAAGAAUUGUGAAGGGUUCAUCAUCAUUUCUGAACAUGAAGCCUUUUAAUGGCUUUUUUGGUCCAAAUCCAAAGAUAUUCCAUUCACUGCAUUUUACUACAAAGUAAAGCUUCAAAUCAAAACAUUUCAGAGGCUCUUGUCACCAAAUAUUUGGCAUUUUCUUCAUUGAAAAUUGAUCAACCAAUUAUCAAAAUAGUUGCAGAUUAAUAUUCUUGUCACCUUUAGUUCUACACACAGUAUCCCAUUCAGUCUUAUGAUUAUUCUCUGAUUGGAACUGUUUUAGAAAGUCCCUAAUUUCUUGCUCUGUAGUGCAGAAAUAACAGGUUAUGUUUACAAAAGAAAUCGAUUUUUACUCAAUAAACUUACAAAGUUAAAGCUGACCAAGAAUUUUAUAUGUAAAUGCUUAGUUUGUAACUGCACGAUUGUAAUGACUGCUGCAGGCACAUUUUAUUAGAGACUUAUUCCUCCAGGGGAAAAAAAAAAAAAAAUGAGCCAAUUGUACAGCAGCAAGGGAAGCAAAAAGAGAAUCUUAUAUGUUUUGGGUUUUUUUUAAAAAAUUACUAAUCUUCCUAUUUUUCUUACCUCUUUAAUUGACAGUACAACUGCCACCGAAAGUAGCUGGAUCAUUCUCGAAAUUGCAGCCUCUCGCGGGCCAAAUCAAACCUCUUUGUGAUGUUUGAGAAACGUCCCAUACCUGAGUCCACCACAGCCAAGCUCAUCAAUCUGCGCUUCGAGCCUCUAAAUUAAAAUCAUGUAGUGUGACCUCGGCUUUAGUAGUUUCUACCUCGCUUUCUCCUGAUCCCACCCAUACAAAUGUUCGGUCAGCUUAGUUUCUAACACCCCCUCCACUUUCCUUUUUCUCCGUUUUUAGUACUCUCAGGGUAGAGGUAGUUCAGACGCAGGUGAGUAUGAAGCAUGUGAUCACAGGUCUUGCAGGGUGACAUUGCCCCCUGCUGUCUGAAGCCGGAGCUGGCCCCCCCCCCGUCCCUCCUGAUGUUCGAGGAGAUUAGACUGCGCGGGGUGCAGGGUGAAAUUUAGACAGGAGCAGAUGUACAGAAGGGCUUAUUCAGAUUCAGAUGAUAUAACGGAGCGUGAAACUUUGUAGGCUAAGAUUAUAUUUUAUUAACACAGCAGAGAUGAUAUGAGAACUACAAAGGUGAAUUUAUACAUUUUUGAAUGUCAAUGUAUCUGCUGGUGCUGGUGAUGACGACGAUGGAUGGUGAAGAAGAUGAUGAUGAUGACAAUGAUGAUGAUGUCAGAGUUAUAUGAUGUUGGAUUAUAAUGAUGAUGGUGAUAACAGAUGAUGCAAAUAUUCAUAAUAUUGUAUAAUGUUCCUGCAGAACGAAAGCAGGGUGUGAUAUACAGUACGCUCACCUGCAGUUGCAUUAUUGGACAGUGCUGGAAUAAAACCACUUCCUGUCUGACUUUCA